AUGGCCCACUUCUCUCUGCAAGCAUCAACAGAUCGCAGCAGCGUGCGAGACACUCGCAAGUCGCGUACCGUAAGCUUGCAGAGGAAGCAGCAACAUCAGCACGAUGUCUCGUCGCAGCCUGAAUCGCAGCUGCGAUGGGUCGACCAAGCCCAGGAUCGCUGCUCGUCGCCAACGGCCCCAUUGUCGCCGUCGUCGCAUAGUCAAGUUCUUCCAUUCCAAACAGGCCGCCUAGAAUCGUUCUUCUCGUUAGACUCUCACGUCUUAGGAUCUGGUCAAUUCGGGACCGUGCGACGCUGUACCGAGCGGCUCACAGGCGCGAGCUUCGCAUGCAAGACGAUCUCCAAGGAUAGGCUUAGGAGCGAGGCGGAGCGGGAGGAGGUGCGGCGGGAAGUUGCGCUGAUGCAGCGGCUUGGCGGAAGCGGAGCGGGGGAGGCGGGGGAGGCGCAGUGGGUGGCGCAUCCCGGGGUGGUGCAGUUGCGCGGAGUUUUCGAGGACGAGCAAUCGGUCCAUUUGGUCAUGGAUCUGUGCGAAGGCGGCGAGCUUUUCGACGAAGUCGUGCGACGCGGGCGACUGAGCGAACGCGACGCUGUAAACGUGUUCGCGCAGGUCGCAUCGGCCGUCGCACACUGCCACGCGCGAGGCGUCCUCCACCGCGAUCUCAAGCCCGAAAACAUCCUUCUCACGUGCGACCCCUCCGCACCGCUCCCCGCCGCACCACUAACCACAAAACUCGCGGAUUUCGGCCUCGCAGUUCCCCUCCAAUCAGGCGAUCGCGCGAGGGGCGUCGCGGGAUCUCCGUUCUACAUGGCGCCUGAGGUGCUCCUCGGCGAAUACGCGUUAGAAGCCGAGGUCUGGUCUCUGGGCGUGAUACUUUACAUCUUGCUCUGCGGCGCGCCGCCUUUCUGGGGCCCCACGGAUAAGGACGUGUUUGUGGAGGUGCUUAAAGGCGUAGUGGAUUUUAGUGGCGACGAGUGGGCUGGAGUGUCGGAGGAAGCUAAGCGUCUCGUGUUGUGCCUGUUGCAAAGGGACCCCCAGCGACGCCCCACUGCCGCGCAGAUUCUCUCCCAUCCCUGGAUCCUCCGGCAUUGCCACACCAGCGUGGCAGGUUCGGAGACAGCCUUGGAAGCAGCUUCGGGUUACUAUGUGGGUGCUUUGGGUGCAGGCUCGGAUUUGAGGGCAGGCGUGGAGGCAGCUUCUGCAAUGGUGGUGUGA